AAUUUGGAUGUCUUUCUAUGUCAAUGAACUCAGGACUCUGGAUUUGACUAUGUUGAAUACAAGGAGGUCAACUUCAACGCGGCUCUCAUGUUUCUAUUUGGUGCUUCGCUUCUGGAAAUGUUCAGUCCCGAGAAAGUGGAAGAUGGGAGGAUGAGCCAUUUUGAAGCUUACCAUACUGCUGCAAAACUCUCAGAAAGCUGUGCCCAUCAAUAUGAAACAAAUAAAGAAAUGUCUGCGGCUGCUUUGGCCUAUAAAUGUAUGGAAGUGGCUUGCAUGAGGGUAGUGUAUUGCAGAAGUCUAAGUCUGAGUGGGGAAUGGAAUGAAUUGCAGAAAAUGGUACAGAUGACUCCUCAAGGUGAAUCACCCUCAUCAUCUGCAUCUGAUGUGGAUAGCUUUUGUCACCAAGGAGUGAUUGAUAAGUCUGCUAAAACAAAAAGAAGUAUUUCCCAUGGUCUUGGAAACCUUCUCCCUCUUGCUAAAACCCAUCAAAAUUUUGUUCCGCUACUAGAAGUUACAGAGAGUAUGAAUCUGGCAAUGGAAGCAUCGGCAAAAUCCCAACAUGCUCUUGGAGCAGUCACUAUUGUCACCUCUGAAGAAACGAAGCACAAAGACUGUGUCUCUGCAAUCAAGGAAGUUGUCGAUUUUAGUUUCCAUGAUGUGGAAGCGCUUAUUCAGUUGAUUGAGGUUGCCAGGGAUGUCUUACGUACAUCAAGAAACCGUGGCCCAUAGUGUAGUCGACUCUAUUUUGUACAUAGGCUCUGGUCCUAUAAAAGAAUAGAAUAGUGUUUUAAGAAGGGAAGCCCGGAGGGGCUUGGAUCUAGAUUUUUCCUUUUGGUUUCAUGAGCUUCCAUAGAAUAGUCUCAUUAAUUUAGCAAAUUUUGUAAGGCCUAAUCCAUUCAAGGCUGAUAGUGAUUGGUUACCCUUUGAAUGGAUUAGGAUAGGAAGACUUUGGAGAGGUGGGGAACAAGUUUGCAGUAGUAACUCUCAUGUUCUUUCUUCUUUUUUGGUCUCUGGGUACUGAAGAUUAAUUAUAGAAUAAUAUAGAAAGAGUAGUAGGUUGCUUGGAUAUAGUCAUUUAUGAGAUUGGAUAUGAGUUGUGACAAGACGCUGCUCUAUCCCAUCUGAACCUGUUUCAGUUUGUUACAAACUUUUUAUUGGAAGGGAAACACUUUUUUUCUU